AUGGAUACUUUUACUCAACUACUGUCUUUCAUAACGCUGCCACUCGUUCUCUAUUUCGUUAUUACUACUCUUGUCAGACGCUAUCGUCCGAAACGUCUUUAUGUUUGUUCACUCGACUCGCAGUCAAAUGCUUAUGCUUCUCUUCUUCCGGUCGACUUUUACACUAAACCUCAACAGCCUGGCAAUAAUGAUGGUGGCUAUGUUUACCCGAGCGAUACUACUACAGUAUUAGAACAAUUGCGAAUGGUGGUAGCUACGCUUCAUGCGCAACGAGCGUUAACAUCGCUGGAUCCUUAUAAUCUUAUAGAUCUUCAUGAACGUUUAGCUUAUACAAAUAGCAACGAUUUAGUAAAUUGGUUUACCGUUCAGUUCAAUUUAUUUACAGGCUCUAUAUCAGCAUUAGGUACUGAUACACAUGCGGCAUUAGUUCAAGAUGCAAGAGAAUUGAAGAAACUGGGCUGUUUUGCAUUAACGGAAAAGAAUGCUGGUGUAUUAUCGGGUUUACUAUGUGAUACUAUCGCAUAUUACAAUCAAGAUGCAGAGAAAAUUAUGAUUCAUACUCCAACCGACGAUGCUAAAAAAUGCUGGAUAUCAUAUGCUGGCAAUAAUGAUAUUGAAUAUGCGGUAGUGUUUGCAAAGUGGGCUCAGACUAACGUUAGCAAUGACAGUAAACAAGUAUCCGUAAACACCAGUAUUGGUAAAUUAUUUCUGACACCACACGUGGUCGCCAUUGUCGUAAAAAUUCGUAACAAUGGUGCCGUUCUUCCUGGUGUACGCAUUGAAGAAUGUUAUACUCGUAGUGAUUUUCGUUCGAACUCUUUCGGUAGCCUUACCUUCACCGAAUUUAGUACUGAACCUGAAAAUUUACUCAAUCGAUAUUGUUCGCUGGAUACGAAAACUGGAACUCUUCAAGUUGACGAUUGCUAUCCAAAACUUUUCUUCAAACUAUCCAAUCGACUACUGGUUGGUCGACUUUGUUUAUCAGCUACUGCCAUCGUAUGUGCCAAAAUGGUGCUACAACUUGUCAGAAAAAAAGUCUAUAAUAGCAAACGAAGCCAAUUCUCUUAUAUUACCGAUCAUCUGCAAUUGAUGCAACAACAGAUCUGUGAAAUGGAUUACUACUUUCAUCGGUUUAUAAAACGCUUCAAAAUCGACCCAUCUACCAGUGUCGAUAUUGAAGAACUGUUAGAGCGGCACAUCGAUGAAAUCCUUUUGAUCAAAGCUUACAUUCCACCUUUAUGUCGAAAUAUCGUCGCCAAAUGUCGUGAACUCUUCGGUGCAGAAUCGUUAUUGGCACAUACACGUAUGACCGAAAGUCAUGCUAGCUGUUACGCAAGUUGUUUGGCUGAAGGUGAUUCAGUAGUAAUGGCACAUGCAUUUGUGGGGCAGUGCAUGCGCAAGUACAAACACAUGUCGCUUCGCAAUUGGCGUUUAUUGUGGCUUAUGAUGAAAAUUCUAUCGACUGUACCGGCACACAAACGAAUAAGCUAUAUCAAUGCACACCAAACAGAAGUGAUGGCUGUAUUUCAACAAAUUGCUGAGGGAAUCUUUCAAAACCAAGGAAUUCGAUCUGAUCUGCACAGUGUUGUUGUUCCAACAGCUAUUCAUUGA